UCUACAUAGUUAAUGUAGAAUAUGUCAUUUGUUAUUAUGGGGAUAUAAAUAAUAAAAUUUUUGUACUUUUUUAAAAUUUAUAUUAAACAUAAAUAAAUAUAAAUAUCAACAAAAAGUACAUUAAAUAAUGGAUUUGUUUUAUACAGUUAAUAGAAGAUCUUUAACCAAGUCAUUUUCACAGCAAGAAAGUUUGUAUGAAGGACAAUCUUUGUGCACAGUAUCCAGUCGGAAUGUCAUUGCAUUUACAUCAACUACUGAACUUGACGAUACUAUUGGAAAAACAUGGGGAUCUCAUGUCUAUGUUUGCGACAUCAACAUGCCAUGGCAUACACACAAAGUUCUCUCCAAUAAGUACAACGUUACCGCCUUGGAGUGGGAUUUGCCAGGAGAUAAAUUAGUAAUUGCUGAUUCAGCUGGUUACGUUCAACUCUGGGUGUUUAAGGAUCAUGUUUUAAAUGAAUGGGUGCCUAUCGGCUCUACUUAUUUUCCCGGCGAACACAUUUUAAGUGCAGCUUGGUUUCACAAUGGCAAAAAGACUGGACUCAUUGCCGAGAAAAAGGAUAGUCUUCAAUACAGUGAGAAAUUCAAUCAUUUACUUUUCGCACCUUCAGUGAGACAGUUCGGUGGAAGAGCUGCGGAAGGAGUUAUAAUUGUGUCUACCACUGGAAUGGUAGGCGUUGUGAUGAUUACAAAGGAUAUUCAAAACCCAGUCUCAUCCGCUACCGAGAGUCUUGGGAGUAUUCGACAACGUAUCAUGGCAGUUGACAUCUGUUACGGAAAAAAUGGUCAUUUUGUUGUGGCUGUAAGUAGUGGAAACAUCGGACAUCCGAUUAGAUGUUACAGAGUACUCGUCCGUAAAACUGAUGAAAAAUGUGUUAUAACCUCUCUAGCCUUGCCUAGCUUUUUCCUUCAAGAUGGAGCACCUAAAGAAAACACAAAUACUAAUGUCAUACGAUUGAAAUUCGUAGUACGCGAAGCACCUGAUACUUUAGUUGUGGCAGCAAAUACCGAAAACAGUGGUUUUGUUGAAUUAUGGGAAUUGAGAGAAAAAUCACAAACAGUUCACAACUUAUUUCAAGUGAAAAAGCUUGAUCCUUUCAAGACUGUGGUUUGGCAACAUCAGGCACAUUACAAAUGUCAUUCUCCCAUUACCGCAAUUGCAACUAGUAAACUUUCAAUUUCGACGUCGCUUCCGCCUGCGAGUUAUAUUUUUGUUGCUUUGGCUGAUUCGUCGAUUCGUUGCAUGAAUCACGAGUCGCUGAAAGAACUAGCUGUUUCAUCUGUGAACAUGGCUCGUUAUCAGGAUGAGCCCAGUAAUAAAUACUUUAAGAUGAAUGUGUCUAUUUCACACAUUGAUAUUUCUUGGCUUGGCUGCGUACUUACUGCCUGUGAUACUCACGGGAAUUUAUAUUUGUACAAAUUACUACCUGAAGGUCCCACUGUGUCUUUAAAUCACGCGUGCGUUUUGUUAGAAUAUUGUUUACUUACUGGUUUUGAUUGGAUGGAUUUAUUAUUUUGCUUAAGACCGGCAAUGAUCGAAACGCUUUGUGAACGAUUGGAUGCCUCUUACAAUAGACAACCACCAGCUACACAACAGUAUUAUUACAUACAAUUUUUAUGUAUCAAAAUUUCUCUCUACAGAAUGCUCGCAAAUGGACAAGAUAAGGCGGCUGAUUUAUCUUCUCUACUCAUGAUCAACUCAAUAUCAGCAGCAUUUAAGUCGUUACUUAGGCCUUCAGAACUUAUUUCUCAGGACAAAGGUCCCGCUGAGAGUUUAGCGGUGGUUAUUAACGAUGCUAUUGCUGAUGUAGACAAGAUACUGUUGCAUUUGGAUCCAAAGGAGUUUACGGUAGAACCCAGCACUCUUCAAUCAUUACAACAGUUAAUUCAGUGGGUUGCGGAUUUAGCUCUUAAUUUAUUGGUUCGACUCCCCGAACAACGUAUGCAAACCAAGACAAGUGGAUAUGAAUUGUUGAGAGAUCAUAAGGCUUUGAAUACAGUUCGCGAGCUGUUAGUAAUUAUUCGCAUUUGGGGCUUAUUGCGUUCGUCGUGUUUGCCUGUCUUUCUUAGGAGUGUUGACAAUUUGGAUGUUUUGGCUUUACUCUUUCGUCUCUUGUCGAAACUUGUGCCUCCCAAUGGCAAUGGAGAAUCGCAGCAAAUCGACGAUGGCUUAAUUGAUGAGUGUUGUUUGCUGCCUAAUCAAAUACUUGUACCACAAUUACACCAGCCUAAUAACAUUAUCGAAAUAGCAUCACCGUCGCUAUCUUACCAAAACUUUCCACUUCAGCUGGAAUACGGAGUGGAGCCCGAUACGUUAUUAUUCGUUCCUGAACUUAGUCCAGUCGAAGGAUGUGUGCAAAGUGGUCAAACUGUUGAUAUAAUUAGACACCUUUAUCUUGGAAAGAAACCUCUUUUUGAAAAGCAGUGCACAAGAUGUGGAGGCAAAGCACAAGUUUAUAACAUGACGAGGACAGCUGCAAUAAGAGCUUGGGACCAAAGAUGGGCGUGCUCCUGUAGAUGUGGUGGUUUAUGGCGUAUACAUAAAAAUAAAAUUUAAAAAGUACAUUUUGUUCUUAGAAA